UAUUGUCCUUGCUGUGUGCCAGGCACUCUCGUAAUCACUUUACAAAUAUGAAAUUCAUUUCGGUUGCUUUACCUCCCAGUGGGAUGUCUGCUGAUUCUCGUCUCCAUCGACUCCACCGUGCUAAUGAGAGAAUGGAUGCUCAGGGCCAUCAAGUGACCCGUUCGACUCCCCAAUCAGUCAGGGGUAGAGCUGUGUUUCUGUCUUGGUGAAGUAUCGUUGCACAUUUGUAUCGUAAGGAUCUGUAGAGCAGAAAAGAGGUGUGGCUCCUCUCUAGGGGGACAGCCACCCCUCAGGUAGGGUGGCUUUCUGGGCUUCUUUGUGGUUAACUCAGUAGGCUUUGGUGCCAGGGUCAAGUGAGGCCUGAUUGAAAAGACAGAGUCCAAGGUUGUGUGAAACAUUUUAAUAGGCAACAGAAACAGAACAGGCUGAUUUGUAGGUAAAAAUGGGCCUGCCAAGUAACAAGCCCUUCUGUACUCUGCCUCCAAAUGGUCACCCCCAACCCAUGCUCCUUCCGCUAGCGAAAACUGGCUAGCUUUCCCCUUUUGGUGGGACGCCGUGUUAUCAUUGAAUGCUAAGUUAGCUAACAGAUGUUUCCACUUGGGUCUAGAGCCAGAUGCAGGAUUUAGAAAUGAUUGCUUCUGGGUACAGUGCCGGGACGAUUGGCUCAUUGAUGAACGCGCCAGUCCUGAUGUCCCUGGGAAGACGAGAAGCCCUUACCAGACAGGUGUAGCCCAAACUGACCUUUGGAACGAUGACUCCCGCCCCAACCUGUUCUGCUCCCUCACCUCUACACAGUGUAAAGGUUGCUGGCUCAGCUUUCUGGGUCUGCUUCCCUCAGGGUAGGAAGACCUAGGUGUUCACUAGCAGGAGCAGCUUCACGAAAACGAAACUGUCUCCUUUCGAUGGGGAGGCCCUCUCAGGCCUGGGUGGCUGAGGCCACCAGCCCCCUGCUGAUUACUCAACCACACCCAAGAUCCUGCCACUAGUCUAGUUCCCGGCUCUAGCUACGUCACUAUUGCGGUGACUAACUGGUCACGGCAAACAAAAGUUGAUAAAAGUGGCCCGUGGAGGAACAGAAUUGGCCAUUUGGCUGCUAAGGAAGCCGGUCACUGGACCUGCCCGACAGCCCGAAGCCGAGCACCACCAAGGCACCUGGAGAGUUCACCUUCCUGCCACUCAGAGUCCCCAGCAACUCCAGCUGCCUCUUCUGACUUGAGCUACAAAGGACUGGCAAGGUCACUGAAUCCAUCCAGCUUUUCUCCCCACUUGGGAGACCCAAGGCUCACAGCCCCAGCCCUACCUGAGGCCCUGUCAGGAUGAGAGGCACCCCUUUAGAAACACUUUCUCAGCUCCCUGCCCACGCUUGACUGUCCUGUUUCCUGUCCACCACACGUUGCUCCAGGAUAAUGGAUGUCAUGAGGAGAGUGAAGGCUUAUACCCCUAGAAGGAAGAUGGCUGAACUCAACACCCAUGUGAAUGUCAAGGAGAAGAUCUAUGCAGUUAGAUCCGUUGUUCCGAACAAAAGCAAUAACGAAAUCGUCCUAGUGCUACAACAGUUUGAUUUCAACGUGGACAAGGCCGUGCAAGCCUUUGUGGAUGGCAGCGCAAUUCAAGUUCUUAAAGAAUGGAACAUGACAGGGAAAAAGAAGAACAAUAAGAGGAAAAGAAGCAAAUCCAAGCAGCAUCAAGGCAACAAAGAAGCUAAGGACAAGGUGGAGCGGCCGGAGGUGGGGCCCCUGCCGCCGCCGCCGCCGCAGGUACCACUGAUGCAGAACGGGCACGUGAACGGCUGUGAGAAGGACAGCUCAUCCCCUGACUCUGCCAGAGAAAAACUGGCCCUCACACCACGUGAGAAAAAGAUCUCAAUACUGGAGGAACCACCGAGGGCUCUUCGCGGGGUCACAGAAGGCAGCAGACUACUGCAGCAGAAAAUGUCCUUAGAUGGGAACCCCAAACCUAUUCAUGGACCAUCAGAGAGGUCAGAUGGUCUACAGUGGUCAGCUGGGCAGCCUUGUAACCCAAGCAAACCCAAGGCAAAAACAUCUCCUGUUAAGUCCAAUGCCCCCGCAGCUCAUCUUGAAAUAAAGCCAGAUGAGCUGGCAAAGAAAAGAGGCCCAAAUAUUGAGAAAUCGGUGAAGGAUUUGCAGCGCUGCACUGUUUCUCUGACGAGAUACCGCGUCAUGAUCAAAGAGGAAGUGGACAGUUCCGUGAAGAAGAUCAAAGCGGCUUUUGCUGAGCUGCACAACUGCAUCAUUGACAAAGAAGUUUCACUGAUGGCGGAAAUGGAUAAAGUCAAAGAAGAAGCCAUGGAGAUCCUGACUGCCCGUCAGAAGAAAGCGGAAGAAUUGAAGAGGCUGACUGAUCUAGCCAGUCAAAUGGCGGAGAUGCAGCUGGCCGAACUCAGAGCAGAAAUUAAGCACUUUGUCAGCGAACGCAAAUACGAUGAAGAGCUGGGCAAGGCUGCCCGCUUCUCCUGUGACAUCGAGCAACUCAAGGCUCAGAUCAUGAUCUGCGGAGAAAUCACACAUCCAAAGAACAACUACUCCUCAAGGACCCCGUGCAGCUCCCUGCUGCCUCUGCUCAACGCGCACGCAGCCACUUCCGGGAAACAAGGGAACUUCGCCCGCAAACCAUCCAAUCACAACAAGCCCUCCGAGGGGAAAGUGGCCAACCCCAAAAUGGUGAGCGGUCUUCCCAGCACGGCCGAUGCUUGUCACCAGACCGUGCCGGCUAACAAGCAGCAGAAUGGAAGCCAAAGACGAAGGUUUAAUCCGCAGUAUCACAACCGGCUAAACGGUCCGGCCAAGUCCCAGGGCGGCGGGAACGAAGCUGAUCCCAUGGUGAAGAGCAACAACCGCCACGAACACAGAAGACCGCCGCACAACGGCUUCCGUCCCAAAAACAAAGGCGGAGUCAAAAACCAGGAGGCCCCCUCGGGGACCAAGGCCCCGGAGGCCCCGGCGGCACACUCGGAAAAGCCCCGUCGAAGGCAGCACGCGGCAGACAGCUCAGAAGCCAGGCCCUUCCGCGGUCACGUGGGUCGGGUUUCACAGUGCAAUCUCUGCCCCACGAGAAUAGAAGUUUCCACGGAGGCCACGGUUCUCUCGGUCCCGGCUGUGACGUUGGUGGCCUGAGCUGGGAAAGAAAAAGAUCAAGGCUUUGGCCUGGUUUCCGCUUCCCUGCCUGAGGUGCUGACCCCCCAUUCGCUGCCAAAAGAGAGUACACAGUCGGAAUAGACAAGCCCCGUAUGUCGGUGUCGUUCUCUCUCUCUCUCUCGAUCAUUUUUACUAAUCCCAAUAGUCUGCUCUAGCUUGCUUCGUUCGUGACUCCCGUGGCUCUGCUUGACCUGUUGUCGCUUCUCCUCAUCCAGACUUCGCAUCAUUUUAGCCAGGCAGUAUUUACCCGUCGUUAGGAAAAAAAAAA